AGCUUUGGCGGGCAACGUAGCGACGAUUGGCCGGUCUUCCUUUCUGUAGUCAAUGGUCGCCGCAGUCAUCAGGCUGAGUAUCGGUUCGAGUUUUCCCAGGAAAACACUACUUCCCGCGGACCCAUUGUCUCCAACGCGUCGGCAAAGGCCAACGAAAAAGAGGAUUCAUUGUGCAUUUACAUCAGGCAUCGAAGAUAUAUAAAAAAUGAGUUCAAGUGCGUGUUACAAAUGUAACCGGAUGGGCCACUAUGCACGAGAGUGUCCACAAGGUAGCGGAGGUGGUGCAAGAGGCGACCGUGGACGCGACCGGGAAGGUGGUUUUGGACGUGGACGUGAUAAGUGCUACAAAUGCAACCAGUUUGGACAUUUUGCACGCGAAUGCAAAGAGGAUCAAGACCUUUGCUACCGUUGCAGUGGCGUUGGGCACAUUGCAAAAGACUGCCAACAGGGGCCUGAGAUGAGCUGUUAUAACUGCAACAAGACUGGUCAUAUUGCACGUAGCUGCCCAGAAGGUGGUAAUGAUUCUGGACGUUUUGCGAUGCAAAGUUGCUACAAUUGUAAUAAGACAGGUCAUAUCGCUCGUAACUGCACCGAGGCUGGAGGCAAAACAUGCUACAUUUGUGGCAAGACUGGUCACAUAAGCCGUGAAUGUGAUCAGGAUGACAGGAAGUAGGAGAUAACCGGAAUCCGUGCCGCUCGCUUAACGAUAAGCCGUUUACCGUCGCGCGCGCUACUACCGGGAAUUGUAGCUAGGUAGGGAUGUGCGAACCUAUGUCUCGUUGAUGCGUAUAAUUCCUAAAAAAAUGCGUUCUCUCAUAGUCGUUCGAAUUUCCAUCUCUCUAUGCUCAACUCCCGGAAGCCCAUUUUAUUUCUAGUUUCCUUCCCCUCUACAUGUCGUUGUUCUCUUCGCAAGGGUUUUUUCUUAUGACAUUUUUGUUUUUUUAUUGCUGUUACAUUACACCAUACAUGCGUGCGCGCGCACAAAGUACAUUUACACAUAGGACACAUUCAGCAUUACAUGAAUACACACACUAUACGAUGUAAUAAUAUUAUAAACAUUCAAUUGAAUUUAGAGUAGAGACAUGAAUCCUCUGUCCCCUGACCUUCAAACUAUCUCGUAUGCGCAUUGUUUUCUGAUGCAAGAUGUAUGGAUUUUUAAUAUGCUUCAUGAAAAAAUAUUUACAAUUGCAUCUAUGUCGAGUUAAUAAUUCAUAUUGAAACAAGAAAGACUAUUGGAUAACCAAAUUAAAACGAUUGUUAUUUCUUUGAUACUUUAAAGAAACAGAAUGAUCAGUUGAAUUUAUGUUAUCUAACACACAUCCACGCAUCUUGUAUCCGGUCCUCCCUCUCGAACUCUCUAGCAACUUGAGUUAAGAAGAAGAAGAAAAAAAAAAAAAAAGAAAUUCAGAAUUAAUGGGAAAGGAAGUGAACAUGCCGGCCCUGAAUACAUAUAAGUAAGGUUUAGUAACGCCAAUUUUUGAUGUGUAAGGAUGUAAUGAGGAUCGUUGAACUUAUUAUUUUAUAACAGACCUAGUUUCAGAUAUUAUAAACAAAAACUGCACAAUUGUAAGAUUGUCAGUGUUUACGAGUUUAUAUACAGUUAUACUUGGACUAUUAUUCUAGAUUCUGAUAAACUAGGACAAACAAAAUAAGCGUGCUUCGUAUGUCAGACUCUUUAAGUGAAAAUGGAAAUACAAUUACAUGAUAUGAUCAUCAAUAAUUAUUACAACGUAUAUAUGUAUAUAUACAUAUAAACACAGAGGUCUAUACAAGUUUGCACAUUUUGUAUGUACAAUCAUAAUUGUUAUACUGAGGAUCACCAUUGUUCAUAUUGCCAGUGAUUGUUACGGACUUUAAUGAAUGCAGUUGCAUUUUACCUUACUAUAUCCUUACAUAUGGUGAAAUAUUUCGUUACUAGGUAUAUGUAUAUGUAUAUAUAUGCCCAUAUGUAUAUACAUAUAUACGUACAUAUGUGCAGGAGCUGUAUUUUGUACUGUAAAAAGCUAGAUAUACUCUGGUCGUUGCUGGUGACUAAUUCCAAUAAUUCUCUUAUUUAUACAUCACAAAAAGAAGAAGAAAAAAAAUUAUAUUUUCAUGUAUAAAAUACUACACUUAUCUUUUUUAUAAGUUGUAGAAUGAAAUUUUUAGAUACAAUUUGUCUAUUGCUUUUUUUUUUUUUUUGUCGAACGUUUGUUGAAAAAUCAUGAGGCGAAAGAAGAAAAAUCAUGUUGCGGAUUUGGAAGUAUCUCUUUAUGAACACCGUAGUAGAUGAUUAUUAUGUUACUUAUAAGUACAAAGAUAUGCAAGGUUUUUCUAAAAAAAGAAAAAUAAGAAAAAAGGAGAAGAAACAAAGAAAAUAAGCGUGUCUAAUAGGAAGUAAACUAGACUGCAGCAAAUUUGACGGUGAUGCCGUAUUUAUAAAUAUGAAACCAAGUGUUGUUUGGGAUCUAAAAUUAAUUAAAUCCCUUUAAUUGAUACUCGUUCGAUGGAACGAGAGCGGUUCAAUUUAAAUUAACGUGAAAUAAGAUCGUUCUCAGAUCUUUGUUCAGUCUAGGUAGAUUCGAUGAGGGCGCGUUGUGCACGCGUUGAUUCAUGUAGUCAGAUUUUUUCAAAAUGUUCUUUUUUAAACGAUCUAUUAGAACGAUUACGAAUUUUUGCGUGCACUCGCGUGUACACGAUCAAACUGAUGCUUUUACCAGCAGCGACGUGUGUAUUAAUGUUCAGAAGCCAGGCGUGCCUGACUCGGUGAAACUGAUGAAACGCCUUGUGCGUUAUAUUGCGUAGUAGAGGUGUCCUGUAACAAUUUUAUACACUUAACUGUUCGGGACUUAAACCGAUCUCAUACAUGGUUUUUGGUAGUAGUAAUCAGUGCGCUAGUGCGUCUGACGAGAUUUGGAGGAUCAAAAAUUGUACUUCGCUAAUGGACCGUAACCUUUGGUGCUCUCAUUGGAUGCACGAGUUAAAGAGUAAUCGACCGACAAAAAUCCGUAUGAAACAUAUUGUUUUUCUUUGUUUCUAUCAUCAAUGUGUUGUGUACAGUUUGAAUGUACGUACAAGGUUUAUAUGAUAUACCGUGUUAAAAAGAAAAGAAUAAGAAAAAGAAAAAGAAAACGAUGCCUUACUAUGUAGGGCGUCGUAGAUGAAAACAUACUUUGAGGAUACACAAUUUAGAUGGUGGGGUUCAUUGGUGGCACCGGAGGUUCACAGACGAGCAUAAAAAAGAGUGCGAUAGGGCACCUGCGCUUUUGUCUCUGCUACAAGACUUACGUACGAAUAUUGUAAAGAAUACGACUGUUACAGUGUAUGAACUAAUUUGAUCGGUGUACGGCCGAUCACGGCUCGACUUAUAUUAAUCUAUUAAUACUUAAAUGAAGAAAAUGAAGAGGAUGAAGAGGAAAAAAAAUUAAAGCUACAAAGUAAUAAAGGAUUGCGGAGUAUUUGAAGUUAUGUUUUUAAACUGAAUUUUUGAAAUAGAAUGUGUACGGAGAGGCAAAGACGA